GAAGACCACAGUAGCUCACUAAGUGAUGAUCUGCCUGCACUCACAGAGCGAGCGUCUCCGCUCUGAUCUCUCUGCCUCUCAUGCUGUCGCUCACCGUUAAUCAGCCUCACGCACCUUUCUGCUUUCUGCUUCACUCCUUCCACUUAACUCUUCUAACAUCUUUCGUGGGGAGCGUUUAUUCUAACUUCUUAGAGAUGAGAGGAGAGCGGUGGGACUGUUUGUGGCUGAGAGUAACAACAGCAGCAGAUGUCUGAAGAUAAUUGCCUGUCUUGGUAAACCCUAAGGGUGAAAAAGGGAAGAAGGAAGAUUUGUUCAUUCCUCUUCCAGGGGGGCGUCCUGCAGUUAAUGAGGAUAGCUGAGGAGCGCACACAUUGAGAAUUUAACCAGAUGGACCAGAAACAACGGAAGAAGAAGACCUAACCCAAGAAGGGGAUUUAAAAGGAGACACUAUGAACACCACAGAGCAGCAUGGAUUGAUCCAAGGCUACCACAACAGGAGCCAAACAUCAGGCAUUUUGCCACUCAACAAAGACUUAUCAGCCGAGAAGGACUCGUCGGCAGGAUGCUACGAGCAGUUGUUGAUUUCCACCGAGGUUUUCCUCACUCUGGGCAUCAUCAGCCUGCUGGAGAACAUCCUGGUUGUUGCUGCUAUCGUCAAAAACAAGAACCUUCACUCGCCCAUGUACUUUUUCAUCUGUAGCCUCGCUGUCGCUGACAUGCUUGUCAGCGUGUCCAACGCCUCUGAGACUAUCGUCAUAGCGCUCAUCAACGGGGGCAACCUGACCAUCCCCGUCUCGUUGAUCAAAAGCAUGGACAAUGUGUUCGACUCUAUGAUCUGUAGCUCUCUGUUGGCGUCCAUCUGCAGCUUGCUGGCCAUCGCCAUCGAUCGCUACAUCACCAUCUUCUACGCUCUGCGCUACCACAACAUCGUCACCCUGCGAAGAGCGAUGCUGGUCAUCAGCAGCAUCUGGACGUGCUGCAUCGUGUCCGGCAUCCUGUUCAUCAUCUACUCGGAGAGCACCACGGUGCUCAUCUGCCUCAUCACCAUGUUCUUCACCAUGCUGGUGCUCAUGGCGUCGCUGUACGUCCACAUGUUCCUGCUGGCGCGUUUGCACAUGAAGCGGAUCGCGGCGCUGCCGGGCAACGCUCCCAUCCACCAGCGGGCCAACAUGAAGGGCGCCAUCACCCUCACCAUCCUCCUCGGGGUGUUCGUGGUGUGCUGGGCGCCCUUUUUCCUCCACCUCAUCCUCAUGAUCACUUGCCCCAGGAACCCCUACUGCACCUGCUUCAUGUCCCACUUCAACAUGUACCUCAUCCUCAUCAUGUGCAACUCCGUCAUUGACCCCAUCAUCUACGCCUUUCGCAGCCAGGAGAUGAGGAAGACCUUCAAAGAGAUUUUCUGCUGCUCGCACGCUCUCUUGUGCGUGUGAGCUGCCCGUUGAGUGUCAGAAGAGCUUCGACGCUGGCAGCUACAAUCAACAAUUUGAAUGAAACUUGGCCGUGAGCUGUAAUCACUGUGGACUGAUGUGGCUCUGUUGUGCCAUGUGCUCUGGCAGUCGGCUGUUAAUGAUUGAUAAGUAGGGCGCUCGCCUUUGGUUUCGCGAGUCAGGUUGUGAAAGAGGUAGGUUUACAGACAUCUUGUAAAAUAGAGUAUCGCUCUGUUGACAAAUGCUAUUUUGUUUCGUAGUAAACGCCGCUCUAAAGUGCAAUUUAACGUAAAUGUUACCAGCAUGUAUAUCAUGCUCAAACUGUGGUUCAUUUACAAACCUUUUCUCUUUCUCACUCUGAAACGUUCUCUCUCUACCGACCACGCAUUUCUUGUUCACUGUCAAAAGAAAAUCAAAAAUGCCAUCUUUAAAGAUCUUUAUGUAUCUACAUGGAUUAUGGCACUUAAAUGUCACAGCUGUUGCAACGUUUAAACCUAAAUGCCACAGUGCAUGUACUCUAGCAGAGAUUAACAUAGUGUAUAUGACAGACUACCUCCAUGUUUGAGAGUGUAAUCCACCUCAUAACAGAAGCUAUGACAGUAUUUUUGCAGAUGGGUGUAUACUCCUUUUGUUUUGCAUUGCAAUGAAUGUAAAGAAAUAUUGUUUUUCACAAGAUAAAAUGAUGAAUAACAUUACACCUCAUGUAUUAUGUGCCAAUCACGAAGGAGGAGAUGAAGGAAAGCACAGGGAAUAUCCUGCUCAACUGAAGUGGGCUUUCUUUUUUUUUUACAGAGGUGGCAUUUUUCUGAGUUAGAGGUAAAGGAAUGAGUAAUCUAACACAAAUGGACUACUUUGUAGGAAAGAAGUGUGAUUUUCCAAGCUGCUUUAAACAGUUAAGAACUCUGAGAUCAAACUAGGUGCGUCCGGAAAUCACAAAACAAGAGCACAAAGAAAAAAAUACAUUUCUGCUCUGCUGUGGAACCCGCUCCGCUCAGCAUGGUAACCUCAGGCUGUUGUUUUGUUGCUUACGCAUGACAUUUAUCAACUGGGAUGUAAAAAGCAGGGCAGUACAGUUGUUUAACCACUCACUGGGUUACACAUUUACAGUAAUGAGGGGUAAAUGCUUAUAUAUCCUCAGUGCAGAGUGUACUGAGAAGACAGAUGAGAGUAUUUCUCAGGCAGAAAAGAUGGCACUUAAUAAACUAUUUAAUUUAUUUGAACGUACAGAAAAAAAGAGAAAUGAUUCAGGGUGACCUAGAACCUUUCCUCUAGUGUGUACUCCCAGUUUUUUGCUCCAUGAUGGCAACUUGACCUGGCCAGGGAUGCAGUUUUUGUUGACCCUCACCUCUGAUUUCCCCUCUGACGCCGGGCAGCCAGAAAGAGAUUUGUAUCCCAGGGAUGAACAGAAAGUUGCUUCAACGUUUGCGAAUCCUGAUUUCCGUCUGAGCCGAUAGCUAAAACAGACUCCUGAUGAUGCCAUCGUCAGUCCGCUCUGACUCAAGACAUCUGCUGAUCUCCAAAUCAAAGCUCUUGUGAAUUUGUGGUUUGUGUAGAUAUUCGUGUAAAUUUGCACAUGUGGGUCGUUGUCACUCUCAGCAUGCACGUGUGACCAACAUAGAGAUCUAUUUUUCAUCAUGUUUCUGUAAAAGGACAGAUUUUACUGAAUGUAUUUUUAUGUAUUAUGUGCUGUGUUGCUUCUUCUCCUUGCCUUAAAUAUGUUGCACUGUGACGUAAAGAGCAACCUUAUCCUCUGUGAUUCAGCAUUUAAGAAACUGAUGUGAUCAGUCUUUAUAUGUUGGUAAGUGCUAUUUGCAAUAUUGCCUUAUUUAUUUAUGCCUUUUUAAAACUCAAAGUGCAUUUUUGAAGCUCAUGAAAUACACACGAUGUAAACGGGGUGGCCCACUUUCUGUUAAAAAAAGCUUUGCCUGGAAUUUGAUUCAUGUGUGCCGAUAUGAAGCUGUUUGCUUGACCAAAUGCAUCCUCUGUGAAUCACGUCUGCAAAGUAACUUCAAUAAAUCACGCUGCCA